AUGCCUUCGCCCGUGCAGCCGUCGUCCAGGAGCACGAAGGAGACGGUGAAGAAUGCGCUGUCGCAGUGGGGGCGGAAGGUCGGCGAGGCGACCAGGAAGGCCGAGGAUCUGUCGCGCAACACAUGGCAGCACUUGAGGACGGCGCCUAGCAUCGCGGAGGCCGCGGUGGGGAGGAUCGCGCAGGGGACCAAGGUGCUGGCGGAAGGCGGCCACGACAAGAUAUUCCGGCAGGCCUUCAGCGCCCCGCCGGACGAGCAGCUCCGCAAGUCGUACGCGUGCUACGUCUCCACGGCCGCCGGCCCGGUGAUGGGCGUCAUGUACCUGUCCACGGCCAGGGUCGCCUUCUGCAGCGACAGCCCCCUGUCCUACGAGGCUUCCGGCGGCGACAGGACGGAAUGGAGCCACUACAAGGUGGCGAUUCCUCUUCACCGGCUGAGGGCGGCGAGCCCGUCAGCCAACAAGCUGAAGCCCGCGGAGAAGUUCAUCCAGCUGGUGUCGGUGGACAGCCACGAGUUCUGGUUCAUGGGGUUCGUCAACUACGACAGCGCGGUAGCGCACCUGCAGGAAGCGCUCAGCGGGUUCCGCAACCUGCAGGCGUGA